AUGGGUAACACCGAAGCCAAGGCAAAGUUGUCGAAAACAUCCACGACAGCUCCAUCCAUGUCUGACAGGAGCAUUGAUAAGCGUGUUGAACAAGCUUUUGUAAAACUAACUGGAAGCACUUCGAAUUACCUAACUUUUGGUAAUCUAAAGGACGUUUUCAGCGAAGGUCUUGCUGAGAGUUUAUGGAAUUACCUGAGCGACUCUAAACCUUAUGAUGAUAGACUAACGUUGGACGAGUUUGCACGGCAUGCUCCCAGUUUGUGGGGGACUUCGACAGAUGUUUACGUAAAAGUAUGCCAACCUGUCCUCACUUUGGUUAAGAACUGUUCGGAAGCUGCUGGAGCAGGAGCUGUUGCAGGCGACGAAAAGUUCAUCGGCAAUCUUGUACACGAAAUGGUUAGAGAGCAAUUGGGUUUGAGCUCGCAAGAUCUAUUUCUUAUAAAACGCUCUCAAAGUUACAGGUGUGAACGAGGCUCAAGCGUUGAGGAAAUCGUCAGCUGGAAACGCGAUAUGUGCCCAGCCUUCUGUAAUGCACUGCGAGAUCUAGUGCUACAUGUCUUCCUUGGCUAUGCAUUCGUAAGAAUACUUAUUAUGGAAAUUUCCGAUAACACCGAAUACUCCUCAGAAAUUUUGACUCCAAUGCAAAUGUGGUACGUCCAGUCAUCUCUACAAAGUACCUUCUUCCCAAAACAGUCAGCAAAGGAAGCUUGUGAAUCGAAUGUGAAUCAUUCCUGGACUCCACUAUACUCGACUGCCGUUCAUGGAAUUAGUGUGAAUCGUUUUGAAAACAACGUAUUUGACUACAGAGGACCUACAGUAUCAAUAUUUCAACUAACCGAUGGGAGCAUAUUCGUAUUAGCCACAGAAGACACUUGGAGGCACAGUGGCAGCCGUUUUGGUGGACAAGCAACAGUAUUGUUUGAAAUAUCGCCAGAUCUGAAACGUUUCUCUUCUCCUUCUCCACCCAUAUACUGUAAUUUCAAAAUACGAUCAGCAGCAUUUGGGCUUUCAUUCUUGGAUAAAAUGAAGAUCGAUAAAGAAAUGGGAAAUGUUGCGGCCAUCGAGGUCUGGGGAUGUGCUCCUUCAAGUGCUCUUCAAGACCAACAACGAUUGAGGGCGUGGCAAAACAAACAAGCAGAAAAAAUCAAAAAAGUACCACUACCUGGAAAUUGGGAUGACAACCCAGAUAAGACUAUUCUGGAAAUGGCUGGUAUCCAAUUCUCCAAUGAAAGGAAACUUAUGGAAAUGGAAGCAAAAGCCAGACAGAAUGAUAAUCUAUGA